AUGGCUCCGUAUUACGAUCGUAAAUCUCCGUGUCGUAAUACGGCCAAAUACGGCGAUUUACCGUCGUAUACGACCGUGUAUGUUCGACCUGAGUUAAGUUUUGGUGGUUUUCAAAUUGAAAGAUUGAAUCAUAUUAAUGAAACUUAUUUAAGGUUGGUAAUAUGACGAUUAGAUUUUGGGAAAAUAAAUAUUAUAUUUUUCUUAGCUGAACUUUGUUAUCACAGUUCUUUAUCUUUUUAUGUAUUAUUUUGGCGACCUCAAAUGAUCACUAUUAAAUAGUUUCAUGAAUAAGUCAAGAUCCUUUUUUCAAUUGAUAUAGUCAUUAUUGAAAGUUCUCAUUUCAGUUACAUUGAUAGUUAUAUCAAGAAAAGACAACGAGAAUAUAUUUAAUAAAAUAAAGUAAGCUGAUAUUAAACGUGGAACUCCGAUAGUGCCGCCGGUGAUUUUAUAUAAAAACAUUGUUGCACAUCCUCUUAAAUGGAAAAGGUUGUCAAAUGAAGUUUUUGAAAUUAAAAAAAAUAUUGAAUAGAAGUUAGUUUUGUGAAAAUAUGUUUUCUAGCAAAUAUGUAUAUUGAUAAUUAAUAAUUUCAUAAGCAAUAUCUUUUUUCUACAUUUCU